AUGACUAUACCGACGGCAACCUCGCCUCCAGGGUCGCCUGGCAUUCCCACUCGCCCCAUGAGCGCCAUGAUCCGCCCGCCGCGAAGCACAAGUCGCAUGAGCACCGGCAGUCGUCAUGGUGGCAGCCGUGCUUCCGACGAGGAUAGCAAGACUGCCGUCAAAGUCGCUGUCCGUGUGCGUCCGCCUUUGCGACCAAACGACCCUGGCUAUGAAUUGAUCCCUCAGCGAUUCCAGCGCUCCAUGGUCCAUGUAACGUCGCCAACCAGCCUGGCCGUCGAUGUGCCUCAGGGCCGCAAGCUGUUCGUCUUCGAUCGGGUCUUUCCAGAAACAACCGACCAGAGCGGCGUCUGGGAGUACCUGAGCGACAGCGUCAAUUCCUUUAUGCAGGGCUACAAUGUCUCCAUUCUUGCCUACGGCCAGUCUGGCGCCGGUAAAUCGUACACCAUGGGUACAUCUGGCCCUGGCGAACAGAACGACACCAGUGCCAUGGGAGUCGUGCCGCGCGCCGCCCAGCUUCUCUUCGACAAACUCGAUGGCCCCAAACACGGUCGCGCCCAAUCGUCUGGUCUUCGCACCCCCUCGCGGUACUCAGUCGGCUCUCCGCAGGCCUUCAACAAACCUUCCUUCGAGAAGAACUGGCAGAUGAAGGCUACCUAUGUGGAGAUCUACAAUGAGCAUUUGAGAGAUUUGCUCCUCCCCGACUCCACCCCUACCAACGAUCGCAGCACCGUUACCAUCCGAGAAGAUACAAAAGGCAGGAUCCUCCUGACCGGGCUGCGCCAGGUCGACAUCAACUGCUUCGAGGACCUGAUCGGCGCUUUGAACUUUGGUUCCACCAUUCGUCAAACUGAUGCGACCGCCAUCAACGCCAAAUCAUCUCGUUCGCACGCCGUCUUCAGUUUGAAUCUCGUUCAGCGAAAAUCCCCAGCCUCCAUGAUGACUGCCAAGGAGAAGCGAAUGUCCGUCCCCGUCGAGGCGCUCUCAUCGUCAGACGCCGUCGUGACUGUUGACAGCAAACUGCACUUUGUCGAUUUGGCUGGCAGCGAAAGACUGAAAAACACAGGCGCUUCAGGAGAACGAGCCAAGGAAGGCAUUUCCAUCAACGCCGGCUUGGCCAGUUUGGGCAAAGUCAUCUCUCAGCUAUCAUCUCGCCAAUCCGGCGCCCAUGUGUCGUAUCGCGAUUCCAAGCUUACUCGUCUACUCCAGGACUCGUUGGGAGGUACGGCAAUCACCUACAUGGUCGCUUGUGUAACCCCCGCCGAAUUCCACCUGAGCGAAACCUUGAACACUGUGCAGUAUGCGCAACGAGCCAGAGCCAUCCAGAGCAAACCCCGUAUCCAGCAAAUCACCGACGAGAGCGAUAAACAGGCCGUCAUCGAACGACUCAAAGCAGAAAUCUCAUUCUUGCGUCAACAGCUCCGCAAUGCCGAAGCCGAAGAGCGAAAGACAGUUGUGCAGCCCGAGCGAGGGGAGCGGUCUAAUGAUCGCGAAGUGGAAUUGCAGAACCACCUGUUGGACAUGCAAGAAAGCUACACUUCGCUGAGCCAGCGCCACGCCAAGUUGAUCUCGGAGCUGAGCAAAGCCUCGGAUCUCAACACGGAGGACCCAGACGAACUCGCCGCCGCGAUCGAAAACAGCUCGGUGGAACGACUGAAGCGCUCGCACUCCUUUGCCGAGUCGGUCGAGCAGGUCGUGCUGGAGUAUGAAAAGACUAUCCAAAGCCUGGAAUCAUCCCUCUCAAACACCAGGGCUUCCUUGGCCAACACUGAAAGCUCGCUUCUCGAGCGAGAGAGCAAGUGCGCAUACAUGGAUACCUUGAACACACAACUACAAGCUCGAGUACAGAAAAUGAUGGAUCGCGAAACCAACACGGAAACCUACCUGCACGACCUUGAGUCUAAGCUUGACGGCCAAUCCACCGGCGAGGAGAAGAACUCAUCUGUGAUCAUCGAACUGCGCAAAGAAAUUGCCCGCGUUCGCGAGAACGAGGCUAGCUGCGAAGACUACAUUUCCACUCUAGAGGAGCGUCUUGCCGAUUCAGAUCAAGACAUGGAGCUGAUGCAACGUGAAAUCCACCGACUCGAACAUGUUGUCGACCGCCAGAGGAGCUUGGGAAAACUAGACAAUCUUCUUUACGAGCUCGACCAUAUCCAACAGAACGGCGGCGCUAAGGGCCAAAAAGCCGAACCCGAUGUCGCCCAGCCCGUUCCCCAGACAAGGGAAAGCUGGUCAGCACGGAAUCGCGGGAAUACGCUUGACAUCUUGACCGAAGCGGUGGAAACUGCCAUCCCAGAGGAUGACGACGAGGACUUGGUAGACCGAUUGCCCGACGUCGAGGAGACCCAAGACGAGGAGCGACCUCGCACUGCCGAGUCAGAGCUUGCUGCUUUAGAAAAGACACAAUCCAAAGACAUCGAGACUCCAGACGACUUUGACCAUAGCCCAGCUCAGUCCAAGUUUGUCGCCGAGAAACUUGAGAAUGUCACACAGGAGCUCCUCGACCUCCGUAUGCAACACGACUCUACUCAAAAUGAGUACGAUAUCCUGACCGCCAAAUACGAGGAAGCGCUGCGGGCCAUGUCCGAAAUGCAAGAUCAAAUCGACAUUGCGCGUCACCCAGCUGCGGCGUCUUUGGCCGGCGAAACUUCGACAGACGGUUCUCGCCCAGAGUCUUUUUUAGACAACGGGAAAUCCGAGGAAAUGAAAAAUGGCGCUCAACGCUCGUCUUCGCGAUCGCUCUCCUCGGAGUUGUCCUCGGUCGAGCAGUCGGCUAUCUCGCAGGACACGUCUGAUACGACAGUCGUUUCUGCCCACGAAGGUUCCGUUUCCAACGGCGUUUCGCACCAGUCGGAAGAAGAACUCAAGAACCUGCGCCAGCUCCUUCACGAACAUGAAGAGGGCAUGAACCUGAUUGCGCAAAAGUAUGCCCAGCUCGAGGCUGAGCAUGAAGACACCGUCAUGCUUGUCGAGCAACUCAAGUCUGACAUUCAGAAAUCCAAAUCCGCCUCAUCCCCGACAUCCCCCAUUGGACCUAGCGCUCCUGUCAUUCGCCGAAUGACAAGCCAGAACCUCGCUUCAACGGUCAACAGAGCCCAUCAAUCUCUUGCCGCGCUUCGUAACAUUGCCGUUGAAGAGUUUGAGCAGAGACCUGAUGCCUUGCAGAACUUUGAGCAGAACCUCAGUGCUGCGAUGCACGAACUCCAUCACCGCAUGGAGCGUAUCCAGGCCUUGGAAGCUGAGAAUUCCAGCGUCAAGAAAGAAAUGGAAAUGAAAGCUACCAUCAUCUCCGGUCUCACGCGCGAACGGUCUAGCUUGUCAGGCGCCAAGCCAAUGGAUAUGGCCAUGGUCUCUCAAAUGCGUGACCAGAUUUUCCAAAAGGACAACCAAAUGAAGGAAAUGCAAGAAGCCCACGACGCCCGAGAGCAGGAGCUGCGUGCUGAGAUUGUCAGCCUUCAACAAGCCUUGGAUGACCGUCCUGUCUCGGCUGCCCCUACCGAUACCGAGAAUGCUUCCGCAGACCACACGGCUCGUCUUGACCAGCUCGAGACUGAAUUGUCUGAAUGGAUGGGCAAGCACCAAACCGCCAUUGCCUCUCUCGAAACUUCGGAGAAGCAGCACCAGUCUAUCUCAGCCGAGCUUACCGCCGCGUUGGCUUCUAUUGAUACUAUUCAUGCUGACCAUGCCAAGUAUGUGGAUUCGCUGACCAAGGAGAACGCAGCUUCUUUGAAAGAGGCCGAAGAUGCCCGAGAGAUCCAGAGCGCCAAGGUCACAAGUCUUGAAAGUGAAAUCCAAGACCACAGGUCGACUAUUUCUACUCAUUUGGCGACCAUUACCGGCCUGGAGGCAUCCCAUGUUGCCGCACAAGAGCAGUUGGCUCAUCACAUCUCCACCAAGGAGGCAAACGAUGCCAAUUCUGCCGUCUACCAGUCCCGAAUUGCCGAACUGGAGGAAGAAAUAAGCGGCCACAAGGCUCUUAUCGACAGCCACAAGUCUGACCUAGCCAACCUGCAGGACACACACAGUCGCGCAUUGUCUGACCUUGAGGCGAAGGGAGCUGCGGCAGACGCUGCAAAGGCUGAGCACGAGUCUGUCAUUGCAGAGCUGAAUGCCCAGCAUGAAGAAGCCCUGACGGCGUUGAGAGCGGAAAUGUCUGGCUCCAAGGAUGAUAUCACUUCUUUGAUGAAGACUAUUUCUGCUGUUCUUAACACUCAAGUAACUCCUGUGACCGUUUCGGAUCACCUUGAAGAUCUUGUUUCCGAGAAACAGGUUCUCGAGGGCAAAUAUGGCGAUCUCAUUGACGCAAACGAAGAUCUUACGAAGCAACUAGAAGCCAAGGAAAGCAACGUCGAACAAACCAAGGAGUCGCCAGAAACCGAGGCCCGAUUUACCGAACUUGCAACAUUGGUUGCCACUCUCGAAGAGAAGCUGCGCGAGAAAGAACAGCUCAUCAAGAAGAAAGACACAACGAUUUCAGAAAUCGACGCCGAAAAACAAAAGAGCGUCCGCCUUGUUGAAGAGCUCGAGGAACAGAUUACGAGCACCUUUGACCAGCACCACAAUCGUCUGUCUUUGAUGCAGACCGAGCGCACACAGGCUCUCAUCGACGCCAAUGCCAAGGUUGCAACCCUCGAGCGAGAGAUUGAGACAUACCGAGUGCGCAUUGAGCAGCUUGAGCUUCAGCUCAAGAAUAGUGGCAACGACACAUCUGCCGACCGCACUAGCUCGAUCACUUCAAAUCUCCGCAAGAGCACUUCGACAGCAUCUCUCCCGUCUCCGCCACCGGCGAUCCCAUUGCCGCCUUUGCCUUCUAUUGCCUCGACUGCAUCUCCUCCGGGCUCUCGUCACACAAGCAGAGAACUGGUCAGCCCUCAAUUAAUCGAGGACCAGGAAUCGCGCAUCAAGACGAUCGAGAAGCACCUUUACGCCGAGAAGCAGCUCACAGCCACCUUGGAAGAAGCCCUAGGCGACCUAGAAGCCCAGAGCAACAAAAUCAAGAACGACAUGGAGGGCUGGAAGAAGAAGGCCUGGCAAUACGAGGACGAGCUGCAGCAACUACGUAAGGAGCGCAGCUCGACCCGUCUUUCUCUCCAGGCUGUGGAACACGAACGCAGCGCCCGCCGCGAGGCCGAGGCUGCUCGCGCCCAGCUGGAAGAGCGAAUGAACGCAAUCAACAAAAAGAAGAAGAAGAGCACUCUCAACUGCUUCUAA